CUGAACGACACAUUCUUAUUUAUUUUCCUGUGACACAAAUGAAGCACCCUAAUCCUGUGUAGUUACGUAGUUCCACGUAUAGCAGCAGCAGCAGCAGGAGUAUUGUUAUUUUUAUCAUCUACGCAAUUAUCGACACUUGCCGGCAGACUGGAAUCACCUCUGAAACAGAGGUUUUAACAAUACUCUGCUUAAACUGCCUAGUAGCAUCAACGACAAGCAACAAAAAUACAAAUUUACAUAGGCUCGAAAAUAUUUUUAUUUUUUAUUGUAUAUCCUUAUUAUCGACGAAAAAAAUGAGAACUCCUCUCGCUUUAAAUCUCAAGAAGCCUUUCUUCUUAGCUUGCUCAAUUGGGGAUUUAGUUUUGUCAUGGGAGAUGCUCAGGAAGUGCAGCUUCAAGUCAUGGGGAAAGAAGCCGGAGAGGCAAGCCCACCUAGGCAUGAAAAUGAGACCAGCCAGCCAACAAUACCUCAAAAGAGAAAAUCCAAGUGGUGGCUCCUAAUGGCCAUCUAUUCAUUUCUUCUUCUUGCUGGCCAGUCAGUGGCCGUUCUCUUGGGAAGAUUAUAUUUCGAAAAGGGUGGGAAUAGUAGCUGGAUGGGAGCACUUGUGCAGCCUGCAGGAUUUCCCAUUCUCCUUCCCUUCUACUUGUCACAACCAAAAAGUCCUUCCACAAGCAACUUCGAAACAAGCUUGCCUUCUAAUUUAGUCCUUGCUUCAAUUUACAUUUCUUGUGGCAUAUUUAUAGCCAUAGUUAGUAUGUUGCAUUCACUUGGUCUCAAAUACCUUCCAGUGUCUACUUAUUCUCUUAUUUGUGCAUCCCAAUUGGGUUUCAAUGCUUUAUUCUCUUUCUUCCUCAACUCCCUUAAGCUCACCCCUUUCAUAGUGAAUUCUUUAGUACUUCUCACCAUCUCCUCCAUCCUCCUUGUAUUCCAAGACGACUCCGCACAAUCUAAACAAGUCUACAAAAGAAAGUACGCAUUCGGAUUUAUAUGCACUAUUGGUGCUUCUGCUGGAUAUGGAUUGCUGCUUUCUUUAACCCAAUAUGCCUUUAAGAAGGUUCUAAAGCAGGAAACCUUCAAGGUGGUUUUGGAUAUGACAGUCUAUCCAUCACUAGCUUCUACCAUUGCUGUCCUAGUGGGACUUUUUGCUAGCGGAGAAUGGAAAGGUUUAGGGAAAGAGAUGGAAGGUUUUAAACUUGGAGAAGUAUCCUACUGCAUGACUUUAAUUUGGACAGCAAUAUCCUGGCAGCUUUUCUCUAUUGGUUGUGUAGGAUUGAUUUUCGAGGUGUCCUCAGUCUUCUCCAAUGUCAUCAGUACUUUCGGUUUGCCUGUAGUUCCUGUGCUGGCCGUUUUCUGUUUUGGUGACAAAAUGGAUGUUAUCAAGGCUAUUGCCAUGGUGUUGGCUAUAUGGGGCUUUCUUUCAUAUGUCUAUCAGCACUAUCUUGAUGACUGCAAGCUCAAGAAACAAAAUAGCAAUGCCGCUGCUACUGAAAUGCUAAUCACUGGAUGAGGAUUUGAAUUUCCAUGCACACUUAUGUUUCAUAUACAAUGAAGGAAAUUCCUCUAUCUCAGAUUGACGGGGUUAAUAAAUAAUUGGAAGAAUUGAAUUUUUUUUAAUGAUAAUCCUCCAAGAGUGAUUGUCAAUUCAUAAUUGAAUUUACACUCCUUGGAUGCUGUUUCUUCUAUCAACAGGAUUGACAAUCACUUUAGCCCUCA